AUGGAAAAAGGACAAGUGGAAUGCGAGGCCAGCGUGGUUUGUGGUCAAACACACCUAGUUAGUUGCUGUGGAGCUGUGCGAGGGGUCAAGGAACCCAGUGCAUUGGCAUUAAGGCUUUUGGAGCAGCUCAAACAGGACGAAUUGAACUCUAAGUUUGUGUUUGGUAGACAGCCUCCAGUUGUUGUAGUUGGAAAGCAUACACGACAAUUAGCGCGCGAGUUUAAUUUGGAGACAGCACCUGAAGACACUAAAGAGCUGGAGAGAUACCAAGUAACAGAGAAGACAUAUGAAUUCUGGACAAAAUGGCAUCGACGAUUGCAGGAGAAAAUGGAGUGUAACGGAAAAGAGAUGCGAUUAGACACCGUUGGAGCUAUAUGCGUGGAUCCAAAAGGGAAUGUAGCUGCUGCCUUAUCUAGUGGUGGCGUGGCCUACAAAGUGCCUGGUCGAUUAGGACUUGCAGGGUGUCCGCGAAUGGGUUGUGAUACCUCGAAUGGCAGAAAGAGUGUGAAUAGAUCUCAAAAACGAAAACGAGGUGCCCAAUGCGAUGUGAAGAAUGCAUUCGCAAUAGCAUGCACGGGUCGAGGAGAGCAUUUUAUCUGA